AUGGCGACGCUCGAAGAUAUCGACGCAUUCUUUGACGCCCUUGUCGAUGGCGGGGAGGAAUCUUCUGCCGGACAGGCGGCAUCCCCCGAAAGCAAGCGGGGGCCCGACGGGGCUCCAGCAGAGCCCACCGAAAGUCUGUUGGAGGCGAGCCUGUCUGAGUCUUCAAAGGAACUGGAAAGACGCGUUCCUCCUCAAGAUGCGCCUCCAGAAAGAGUGGACGGUGCGCUCCCAACUGAGGAGAUUUCUUCCGCGCUUGCUAGAAAUGGAAGUGCUGGGGACCACCUCAGCUGUCAGGCCUCGGGUGUACAGACAGCAGGAAGCCGUGAUGGCCCCGAGCGCGUAACUGCCCCCGCGACGGGUGAACACCCUGCUCUUUCUGCACAGUUUCCAACCUCCGCGCCGUCUCUCCCUUCUUCGCUUGGGGAAAAGGCAAAGCUGGCUGGGGUGUCCGGACACGAAGACGAUCGCCAGCAGGAGGCGGGUGCCGAGCGUCAAGCAUCUUCGGCUCUCCUUCCUAAGAUGGUUUCCGCUUCGAGAGGCGACGCCUCCCUUGGGACCCCCUGCUCUCCCACCAAGCGGGGCAGGGACGAAGACGGGCCCAGGAGCCCAACUAGCGGUCGAACCGGCGGACCGGCGGGGAUGCCGGCCCCGCCGCUUCGUCCGCCGUCCACGGCGGCAACUGGGAAACCACGAGAGGCAGCUAGUCACCACGCGGCGACGGGACUCCCUCUCGCCUCUUCUCGUAUCCCUUCUUCUCUCCCUUCCUCUGUCCCUUCUUCUCUCCCUCCUCCUCUUUCUUCUCUCUCUUCUCUCCCUGCUUCUCUCUCGUCUUCUCUCCCUUCUCUCUCUUCUUCCCACCCCGCGCCUGUGUCUGUCCACGAGAUGUCGUCGUCGGUCUCCGCGCAAGCUGCCUCUCAGAGUUUCGCGUCUUCUCUCUCGUCUCAUCCGUGCGCCGGAGCUCAGCAACAUCUUGCUGCUCCCGCAGUCUCUGCUCCUCCCACGCCAUCUCCGGCGUCCUUGCCGCCGCCGUUUCCUCUCCACGACCGCGCCUUUCCGGGCAUCAGCGGAACUCCCCAGUUUCUGCUUCGCCCGGAAGCUGGCGCCGAGAAGCCGUGCAAAGUGCAAGUGUCGACAUCGGCUUCUUCGCCGCCAGAGUACGCCGUCGCUCCGCCGUUACACUUGCCUUCGCAAAGCGGCGACUCGUUGCAGGAAGACAUGGCGUUCUGUGCGGAGACGGUGUCGAGACUCAUUGAAGCGAAGCUGCUGGAAAACGACCAGAUGCUCUUUGCCGUCCACGAAAAUCUCUCGCAACCGCCGCAAAGUAACCAGACUGGGUUUUCGAAAGGCAGAGCUGAGGACCUUGCGCAAGUCGAGCAACGCUUCCGCGCGAACAGCGACUUCUGGUCACACGAGGAGCUCCAGCGUCUGCAUCACGCCCUGCGAACGCCGAACUUAGCUCCGCCUCCACCAAAGACUGCGCCGAAAAAGGAGAACGAGGAGGUCGCCCCUCCACCUGGGAGUGGCGGUGUAGAGACACCGGAUGCGCCGUCCGGUUCAGUUCCCGGCCCGCGGACGGACUCUGGAAAACCCACUGCGAGCGCGUCUGCUGCACCGGCGCCUUCGUGCCCUCCUCAGGGCAUUCCCCUCGCCAGCGCGGCGGCAGCCUCUCCGCUUUCCUCCGAUGUACUUUCAUCUGCGUCUGCUGCGCCGUCUUUCCAAGUUCCGGAGAUGUCCGUUUCGUCUUCUCUGCGUUCGUCUCCUGGGGAUCGGCAGCUGAUGCCAGAGGAGAAAGUUGGUCAGUUUCCGUCCUCGCGGGUGCCGGCUGGAUUCGUGGCAGAGCACGGAACGGCGCCUGUGCCUGGGGUGGUCGGGCCGGGAUUCCAAACGCCUCAGACGUGUCCCGCACCCGUGCCGCCUUCAGGUGUCCAUACACCUUGUGGCCGUGCCGGUGGCGACCCACCGAAGCCAGUGGUUACGCAAAAGCCUGACGAAACGCAGUUGACUGCCACCGCGCCGUAUCUCCACCCUGCCGCCCUUCCGUCUACCGCGCCGUUGCAUGCGCCUUUCUCUGCUCCGCUGCAACACACCGUUAACGCGUCGCUGCUCGCCUCGCUGUCCCCUCAGCUGAGCAUCCCUCCGAGCGCUCCCGGCCAGCUGGGUUCGCUCCCCUCUGCACCGGGCGAAUCGGUGGGCGUGCAUGCCGCGUCUCGAGGGCAUCCGUCGCCCUUGGGCGUUUUGAGUGACCAGCAGGCGUCGCAGUCUGGCUGUCUCCUUCCUCAGAGCCUCGGCCACACGCAUGCGAACUUCAAUGCCUUCGCGCAUGCGGCCUUUCCACCCAACGGCGGCCCGAUGCCCGGGUCUUACCGAAGUCGCUAG